CUUUGUCCAAGAGGGGAGUUUUAUCCUGACCAGUUAAGGGACAAUGAUGGUCCCGACUUUAUUAUUUUGUCUUUUCUCUUUUCUGUUUCAAUUACCUUUUGUGUUUCCUGCAGGAAACAUCUCUCUCAAAUGCAGGCAAGACACUGAUGAAUUCCUUUCUGAUUUGAAUUCAGUGGAGCCCAAAGAAUACGCUCUAAGAAUGUAUGACUCCGCUGGGAAGCUUGGGAGCAAUGUUCUUAACGGAAAUGUGGACAGGCUGGGAUCCUACAGUGAAUGCCUCUCCAGCCGGGCUCCCUCGGGGAGUUUCCAAGGGCAGUACUGCAAGCUUCGUUUCCUGCAGGAUGGAACCGAAUACAGCGUGGGCGUGUGUGUCCCUGAUUCUUGCACUGAAGAGGAUGUGACCGUGAUGUCCCAGUUGGAUAUUUUAAGAAUCAGAAACACUUCAUUUUUGGCCCCUUCUCUCUCCCUCUUCACAAGAAAGCCUUCCUCCUCAUCUGGCACCGGUGUGGCUAGAUGUGCUGCUGGAAUGUUCCCCCUCGACACCUUUGCUGCCGUGUGUCUAUGCCUCACCGCGCUGGGCCUGGCCCUGCCCCUGGCCGGGACUGUCUACGAGGCAGCCAGGCGGAGGGGGUCUGACGGCCGGGCCUCCCCACUGCCUCCGGCCACCGACCCGAGUCUGCCUUUGAGAGAGAUGCAGAGGACUGAACCGAGACACGGAGCGGGGUGCCUAGCCCAGCUCUCACUAUCAGGAACCCCAAGCAGAGGAAAAGGGUUUUUAGGAGCCACGGGGCGUGCGCUGACAUGCUUUUCUUGGCAGAAGAACGUGCUGGCCAUCUGGACCGCAAGGACGCCAGGAAGCACGUGCUCCGCACUGAAUGGCAUCCGAGUUCUGAGCCUCCUCUGGAUCAUGUCGGGGCACACCAGUCAGAUGACUGCGUGGCUGUCUUUGGAUAAUGUGCUCGAGUGGAAGACCAGAGUGCUUAAAAACCCACUGUACCUUUAUUCUCGGAGUGGCCCGUUCUAUCUUGGGGUUGACACGUUUUUCCUGAUCAGUGGCUGGUUAAGUGCAAGGUCAUUUUUAAAGAUACACCAGGAUUCAGACCAAGGAAGAACCCUCAGCGUCAUACUCAGAUAUGUCCUCAGCCGCCUUACAAGGUUACAGCCUCUGCACAUGUAUUCCGUGUGCUUGUUGGUUGGAUUGUUCUCUCUGGCCCCCUGGGGGCCCGUCUGGGAGGUGCCCAAGUCCCACCUGGAUAACUGCCGGCACGCAUGGUGGACAAAUCUGCUGCUGCUCAACAAUUUCCUGUCCGUCGGGAAUGCGUGUAAUGGUUGGACGUGGUACCUCGCCAAUGACUUUCAGUUCCAUCUCACCACGCCGGCGAUCGUCCUCAUCCACAGAAAAAGUAGGCGGGUCCUCGCGCUCCUCGGGGCCGCGCUCCUCCUGGCACCUGCCGCCGCCGCGGCCCUGCUCACUCGCGCGCACAGCCUCCCGGUCGCGGCGGUCAGCGAAGCCAGUGAAAAUGCGACCGUGUUGUAUUUCUCGGAGUACUACACUAAGCCCUACUGCAGAUAUGGGCCAUUCCUCGUGGGCCUCUUUCUGAGCAUUUUCAUGCACCAAAACCACCAGGCAAACAUUCUUAAAACCAAGGCGCAGGCUGUGCUGGGGUGGAUUUGCUGCCUGUCUACCCUGUUCACAGUGGUCGCUCUGGCGUACGUGGUGGAUGACACCUUUGCCACCUCUUCACCUGCUGUGGCUCUGUACCAGGCUCUCCACCGGACCCUGUGGGCGGCAGGCGUGGGCUGGAUCAUGCUAGCGUGUCAGGAGGGCUACGGAGGCCCGGUGAACCGGCUGCUUUCUUGCCGUAUCUGGACCUUCCCGGCCAGCAUCAGUUACGCCUGCUACUUGGUACAUCCCAUCCUCAUCCUGCUCUACAACGGGCUGCAGGAAACGCCCAUUCACUACACCGACACCAACAUGUUCUAUCUUUUCUUUGGACACUGUUUGCUGACCUUCGUCACUGGGCUGGCCCUGACGCUGUGCAUUGAGAAACCAUGUCAGGAACUGAAGCGGUACCUGCUGGGACCGUUGCCUGCGGGGCCAUGAAGGUUCUGGUAAAACCUGCAAGAAUGGAUGGGUUUGUUCUGUCGGUGAUGAGUAAAAGCCAGCAUGGCUUCAUUUCUGUAAUGAAUGUGUGCUCCUCUGACAAGGGGUGUGAAUCCAAUUUUGUGAAUGUUUAAGAUACACAACUUCUCUGUGCUCAAUAUAUAAGAGUGUUGAGUGUUUACUAUAUAAAAGAAUUCUGUGACAGCCUAUUGUAGUAGCACAAUAAUCACCUCUGAUGAACCUUUUCAGGAAAAAGAAAAACCAACCUGGAUUUCUGGGGUCUCAUCCUACAUGUAUUUUCUAUACCAAUGAUCAUAGGAAAACAUCAAACUUAGCAAAUUGAAUGAAAUUUAGGUUACAGUGUUCACUUCUCUUGGUAAAAAUCACAGCAUGCAGUUUUUCACAUCAUAAUUGUCUUUGUGUUAUUAUUUGUAGACCUGUAACUUUAUCCUGGAGCCUAGGAUCCUAUGACCCAUUGGCGUGUACAAUUCACGGGUGCGUUGUUACAGGCCUUCCAAACAUUAUCUGUUUUACGGCGUGGUCCCUGGGAGGGGUUGAAUGUGUCACUGAAAAAGAUAUAAAGUCCUAAUCCUAUAGUACCUUAGAAUGUGACCUCUUUGGGGGUCAGGGUUUUACAGAGGUAAUCAAGUUAUUAUUAUUUUUAAAGAUUGUAUUUAUUUAUUUGAGAAAGAGAGCAUGAGCAGGGGGAGGAG